CCUAUAUAUUCUCAAGUCUCAACUCACGAUGAGUUUUCUGGUUCUAACAAAUCUUUAGGUAAAACAUCAAUAAUAAUAUUGUAUUGGUAAAGUUCUAUAAAUCAUUUUAAUUUUCUUACACUAUCAAACACUAAAACACAACACCAUUUACAAAUUUUAUGUUAUCACAAUUAGGGCAUGUCCGUUAUACGAACCUUCUUCAUCUUGUCAUGUUGAUUAAUGUUGAAAGUGAUCCCUCAAACGCUCUUUGACACAAACUUUCUUCAUGCUGCCAUGCUUUUCUUGAUUGGAUUCAUUGCUGUCAUUCUCCAGUUUUUCUCGCGUCUUCUGCCUUCCUUCAUUCUUACUAUCGCACACACCAAAUCAACAAUUGUGUCCAAUAAAUCCGAAAUUGAGAAGCGUCGCUGAAAUUCCCGCCAAAUUAGGAGUCGGCGUCCAGGUCGACGUUUGCAAUUGAGGCUGAACAUGGAAAAAUCCGAUCCAAUAGGCGAUUCCCUUAUCGGUCGGACCUUUUACGUUCUCGAUUUGGCGCGCCUUGACUGUCGAUCCGAUUCGCAUACCGACUGCGUUUUGGUACGACUCCGUACCGCUUUUGGGUACAGCGCGUUCAGAACGUAGAUCGUGGGCAUUGAGCGAUUUAGGUAACUAUGGAAGACAAGGAGACGGAUAAUUCGAUAAAUGAUACAACACUAAAUUCCAUUACCAAAGAGGGGGAGGGGGAGAUAUUGGAUUGCAUUAAAGACACCGAAGAGGAGGAGGAUCUGGAAUACUCUUCUGAAACGGUCGAAGUCGACCAUCAACCUACUGAAAAGUUGGAAACGGAGGCCCAUCAUAUUCAGGAAGAAUCUUCUAAGGAUGUUAGCCAUGUCACUUCUGCAGAGGAUGGUGAAAAGAUUGGUGAUGACUUGAAUAAUCAUGAGGGUAUCAGUAAAAGUUCAUCAUCUGAAAAAACAGAGGACGAUCAAACCGACCCUAAAGAUAACACUUGUAGUAAGAAGGAAGAAGGGCUUGUAGAUAACACUUGUAGUAAGAAGGAAGAAGGGCUUGUAGUUGAUGGAACUUUGGAACCUAUAAUGGAAGGCAAUCCCGGAAAGGCUUCAGUUCUCACGAAGUUUGUAAAGUUGAAGAGCUUAUAUGCAGUCUCUAAUGUAUUCCACCGUCUUUCCAGAAAAACUGAUGCGCAGAAUGAUUCUGAUGAAAAUAACAAAAACAUAAAGGAGGUAAAGACAGAUGAAAGAGAAAGCCAAGAGACAACACAAGAGAAGGAUCAGGAUGAAGGAAAGAACAAAAAGGAGGCGAGUGUGAGUCUUGAGUCACCAAAAUCAAUAGCAAUGAAAGGAAGGGUUGUACUAUAUACAAGGUUAUGGUGCCAAGAUUGCAAAGAAGCAAGGCUAUUUCUACGUAAGAGAAGGCUCAGGUAUUUGGAAAUCAAUGUCGAUGUAUACCCAGGUAGAAAAUUGGAGCUAGAAAAGAUGACUGGCUCCUCAGAUGUGCCUAGAGUGUUUUUCAAUCAGUUCCCAAUUGGAGGGUUGAAUGAGUUAAAAGAUUUGGAUGAGUCUGGUAAGCUACAGGAGAAAAUAGAGUAUGUAACUUCCCAAGGGCCAUCGCCAAAAGGUCCUCUACCACCAUUUUCAGGGGAAGAUGACGAGUCUAGUAGGGGUAUUGUAGAUGAAUUAGCAGUUAUAGUCCGGAAGAUGAAGGAAUCAAUUGUUGUUAAGGAUCGUUUUUAUAAAUUUCGGAGGGUGACCAAUUGUUUUCUGGGUUCAGAAGCUGUAGAUUUCUUGUCAGAAGAUCAACUCUUGGAACGAGAAGAGGCUAUUGAAUUCGCCCGGAAGCUUGCUAAGGAGCUUUUCUUCCGGCAUGUUCUUGAAGAAAACACUUUUGAAGAUGGCAAUCACCUUUACCGAUUUUUGGAUCAAGAUCCUGUAAUAAGUCAGUGUCAAAACAUCCCAAGGGGUAUCAUUCAGUCUAAGAGACAACCUCUUGUAGAAGUUUCACAUAGGCUGAGAUUUUUACUAUAUGCCAUCCUUGAAGCCUAUAUAUCAGAAGAUGGAAGGCAUGUUGCUUAUAGAACUAUCCAUGGGAGUGAGGAGUUUGCAAGGUUCUUAAGGAUCGCAGAAGAACUUCAAAGAGUUGACCUAAAUAGAACUGCGAAGGAGGAAAGACUUGCUUUCUUUAUCAACCUAUACAAUUUAAUGGCGAUUCAUGCAAUACUUGUGUGGGGUCAUCCUGAAGGAGCAUUGGAUAGAAGGAAACUUUUCAAUGAGUUCAAAUAUGUUAUUGGUGGGUGUGCAUAUUCCCUUUCGGACAUCUAUAAUGGCAUUUUAAGAGGCAACCAAAGACCACCAUAUACUCUCAUAAAGCCCUUUGGUAUCUAUGAUAGACGCUUUAAGGUGUCUCUUCCCUAUGCUGAGCCUCUUAUACACUUUGCACUGGUUUCUGGAAAUCGAUCUGCUCCUGCUCUUCGAUGCUAUUCUCCUAAAAACAUUGAUGUGGAAUUGGUGGAGGCUGCUCAUGAUUUCUUACAAAGUGGGGCGUUUGUACUUCAUGUGGACUCCAUGACAAUAUCAGUUACUAAAAUACUCAAAUGGUACAGUGUGGAUUUUGGGAAGAAUGCAGUGGAGGUACUGAAACAUGCUGCAAAUUAUUUGGAAGUUGAAAAGACACGAACCCUUUUGGAAUUGCUUAAUAAGAGUCAAUUAAAAGUGGUAUAUCAGCCUUAUGAUUGGAGAUUAAACAGCUAACAUUACCUACUUAAUCUCAAAUCUCAAUGUAAAACACUUCAGGUUAAAUACUACAUACACGGUAUAUAAUAGAAUAGAACAGGUUGUGGUUGUGGUUGUGGUUGUACUGUGUUUGGCAUGCAGUGGACUGGGGAUGUGAAUAGGACAAAAGUUGCAAUUUUUUGUCC